UAAUAGUAUCGUUGGUAACUCAACCCAAGCUGUUAGGAGUACCGAAGGCUGGCGUGGGUCUCAGAGUGCACUCAGCAACGUGGUCGGCCGCUUGCGCGUUGCUACUCUCAACGCAUCUUGUUCUUUUAAAUACGAAGGAUACGACGAGUUGCAAAUCACUUACCCAAGGACACUAUGACGUGGCUUAGAACCGAGCUCCUGAGGUGGGCGCCGACGGACCUACAUUACGUGGCCGUCACUGCGAUCUUGGCUCUCACCCUCGUCUGGUUCUUCAAAAGGCAGCGGAGGAUAUCAAUGCUCGAGAAGAUUCCGGGACCAAAAGGACUCCCCAUCCUUGGCAGUGCACUGGAUGUCAACGUUGCACCACGAGAGCUGUUUCUCAAGCUCUGUGACUUCUGCGACUACGGCAAGAUAUCCAAAGUAUGGAUUGGCCCUCAGCCUUACUGCCUUAUCUCCGGGGCAAGGGCGACGGAGGUAAUUCUGAGCAGCCAGAAGCACCUGGACAAGAGUCGUGACUACAACUUUCUGCAUCCUUGGCUGGGCACGGGUCUCCUCACGUCCACAGGCACCAAGUGGCACUCGCGAAGGAAGCUCUUGACACCCGCCUUCCACUUCAAGAUUCUGGAGGAUUUUGUGGAGGUCUUCAAUCAACAAAGUAGCUGCAUGGUCCAGCGGCUGCAGAAGAAAGCCGAUGGGAAAACCUUUGACGUCUUCCCUUACAUCACCCUCUGCGCUCUCGACGUCAUCUGUGAGACUGCCAUGGGUCGUGUACUUGGGGCUCAGGCGGACAGCGAGUCACAAUAUGUCAAGGCUCUUUACAAAAUUGGAACCCUCGUGCAACAGAGGCAAUCCCGUCCUUGGCUGCAACCAGACAUUCUGUUCAAGCUUUCCGGUUACCAGAAGGAGCACGACGCCUGCCUCAAGCUGCUCCACGAAUUCUCCAACGAAACCAUCAGGAACAGACGCCUCGACUACCUGGAGAGAAAGAAGAAUAAGGAUCAGAACACGGCGGAUGAUGAAGCUAUCGGCAAGAAGAAACGACUCGCCUUCUUGGACCUUCUGCUGGAGUACUCGGAGACCGUCUCGCCGCUCUCGAACGAGGACAUCCGCGAGGAGGUCGACACCUUCAUGUUCGAGGGACACGAUACCACGGCCGCCGCCAUCAACUGGUCGCUCUACCUUCUCGGCAGCAAUCCCGAAAUUCAGACCCGCGUCCACGAGGAAUUAGACUCGAUCUUCGGAGGCUCGGAUCGCCCCAUCACCAUGGCCGACCUGAGAGAAAUGAAACUAACGGAGAACUGCAUCAAGGAGGCUCUCCGGCUGUUCCCCUCCGUGCCCUUCCUCGCUCGCGAACUCAAGGAGGAUGUCGUUAUCGACGAUUACUGCAUCCCCACUGGCACCACGGUGACGGUGGUGACCUACUGCCUCCACCGCGACCCGGAACAGUUCCCUAACCCGGAAGUCUUUGACCCUGACCGCUUCCUGCCUGAGAACUGUAAGAAUCGUCAUCCUUAUGCGUAUGUUCCCUUCAGCGCUGGACCGAGGAACUGCAUUGGCCAAAAGUUCGCCCUAAUGGAAGAGAAGAUACUGCUAAGCCACAUCAUGCGUAGUUUCCGCGUGGAGAGCACCGUCAAACGAGAGGACUUGAGGCUCAUCGGAGAGCUCGUCCUACGCCCUGAGAAUGGGAACCCUGUCAAGCUUUACCCGAGAGAAGCUCACUAGGGUUGCCAAACUGUCAAGCGGGCAGUCAGUGAAGCGCGUGACAAGAAGCCCGUUUAUCGAUGACUACUGAACGGUGGUGAAGAAAUUUGGAGUAUUUUGGCACUCACAAGAGGCGAUAUUUUGUCAAUGAAAUGAGUCGCCAAGAGAAUUUGUUACCAAUUUCAUUGUUUUGUGAGGAUAUAUAAUAUUCUCGCAUUUUAUUUUGAACUAACACACACACACACACACACACACACACACACACACACACACACACACACACACACACACACACACACACACACACACACUAUAUAUAUAUAUAUACAUAUAUAUUUAUAUAUAUGAAUAUAUAUUUAAGUGUGUGUGUGUGUGUGUGUAUGUAUGUAUGUAUUUACGUAUGUACGUAGGUAUCUAUGUAUACAUACAUAUAUGCAGCGUAUUGAAAUGAAAAUAUUGCUACAAUAAACUUUGCUGGAGACAUUAUUAUAGACAGACUUAAUUUUGUCAUCUGAAAAAUCUUCAUUCUUGAUCACACCUCUCUCAACUGAAUAACAAAGACAGCCAGCCCUGAAGGGAAUAUUAGAGAGGCGAAGGAGAACCACAUUGUUUACAGUGUUAUUAAAUGACUUUUCAAAAGAAAUGUGUCUCCCUUUGAAUACCCUGCAGCCCCAAAUCUCCGUUUUCUUUAAAAGUACUGUGUGGCUAAUCAGGACGAAUAAAUUACAAAAAAUAGGCA